CGCCACUGACAGCUCGUCAAGCGGAACCAAGCCUGCAACAGGCUAUCCACUUGCAGAUCCAUACUACCUUCACGGAUCUGACCAUUCUGGUCAGAUUCUGGUGUCUUAGAAGCUUACUCCAACCAAUUACAAUGACUGGAGCGCAGCCAUGAUCGAUGCACUCGGUUCAAAGAACAAGCUGGGUUUCAUAGACAGAAGCAUCCCUAAGCCAGCAGCAGGAGAUUCGAUGGCCUGGCCUUGGACGAGUUGCAACACGGUGGUCAAGAGCUGGAUUCUUCAGUCAGUUGAUGAGGUAAUUGGAAAAAGCGUGAGAAGCAUCCAGUCUGCAGCUGAGGUAUGGAAAACCCUAAAGCUUAGAUAUGCGCAGGGAGAUUUAAUACGUAUUGUUGAGCUCAAAGAGAAACUCUGCACCUUGAAACAAGGCAGAAAAUCCCUAUCUGAGUAUCAUACCCACCUGGUUACCAUUUGGGAAGAAUUAAGAAAUUACCAGUCAACUCCACCAUGUCUUUGCACUACCACCAGUCAUAGUGAAUGUGAAGCAAUUAAAACUGUCAAAGCACACGAGGAAACCAACUUGAUUGUUUAUUUCCUACGAGGUUUGAAUGAGAACUAUUCUAUACCUAGAUCCCAAGUCUUGUUUACUGAACCCUUGCCUACUAUGGAUCAAAUAUUCUAUAAGAUGGCUCAACAUGACCGUCAAAUGACUGGGAAUCAACAAGACAAGGGUAAGGUUGUGGAAUCACUUGCUCUGGCUUUGCAAUCCUUGGGUUUGAAGCUCCUAGACACACAAAGGACAGAAUGGAAUUAUAGCCCUGCCUCUGGUACCCGAGGAAGAGGCAGAGGAAGAGGAAGGUCCCCUGGGUCAAGACCCUUUUGCACCUAUUGCAAAAUGCAUGGUCAUACUGAAGACACAUGCUACCACAAGCAUGGCUGGCCUCAUGGGAUGAGUCCAAGAGGUAGAGGCACAGAACAAGGCACUUACAGACCAGCCAAUGUUGCUGUUAGCACUGAUUCAAGCUCAGAAGGCGUCAUGAUUCAGAAGGAUCAGUAUGAAUCACUCAUGAAUCUUCUCAAGGCCAAGGAGAGCAAUGGUUCAUCAUCAAGUCAACCUAGCACUCCUCCAACACAUUAAGUAGCUGCCUUCAUUAGUAAGACUUAUAAUGACGAAGGAAAGUAUGGUUUAUCUAUUCUCCCUCAGACAAAUGUACUAGAGGAAGCUGUGUGGAUACUUGAUACAGGGGCUACAGAUCAUGUCCUCUGUGAUCCUAGCCUCUUCCUUAACUCUAAAAAGAUAAUGAAUGUGCAGAUCACCUUACCUAAAGGUCACUCAGUUUAGGCUACUCACAUGGGAAUAGUGAAAUUCCCUGAGAAUUUGAUCUUGGAGGAUGUCUUAUAUGCUCUUGAAUUCAGUUUCAAUCUCAUGUCUGUCAGCAAGCUCACUAAGAAAACUGACUUUUGUCU